UGCGGGACCAGCAAGCAGGAAGCUGGGCUGCUUCCCUCCUUCACGUUGCUGUCCAUCUCCUGUGUUUUCCCCUGUGAGAAGGAGCCUGAGCCUGAGGAAGAUGAUGGAGCCUGAGGAGUACAGAGAGAGAGGGAGAGAGAUGGUGGAUUACAUCUGCCAGUACCUGAGCACUGUGCGGGAGAGGCGGGUGACCCCAGAUGUGCAGCCUGGCUACCUUCGAGCCCAGCUGCCUGAGAGUGCGCCUGAGGAACCUGAUAGCUGGGACAGCAUUUUUGGGGACAUUGAGCGAAUCAUCAUGCCAGGGGUGGUACAUUGGCAGAGCCCCCACAUGCAUGCCUACUACCCAGCCCUUACCUCUUGGCCAUCCCUGCUGGGAGACAUGCUGGCCGAUGCCAUCAACUGCUUAGGAUUCACCUGGGCUUCCAGCCCUGCAUGCACAGAGCUGGAGAUGAACGUCAUGGACUGGCUGGCGAAAAUGCUGGGACUCCCUGAGCACUUCCUACAUCACCAUCCCGGCAGCCAGGGGGGAGGUGUCUUGCAGAGCACAGUCAGUGAAUCUACCUUGAUCGCCCUGCUGGCUGCAAGGAAGAACAAAAUCUUGGAAAUGAAAACAUCUGAGCCUGAUGCCGACGAGUCCUUUCUGAAUGCCCGUUUCAUCGCCUAUGCCUCUGACCAGGCUCACUCCUCAGUGGAGAAGGCUGGUUUGAUUUCCCUUGUGAAGAUGAAGUUUCUACCUGUGGAUGACAACUUCUCACUUCGAGGGGAAGUUCUUCAGAAAGCCAUUGAGGAAGACAAGCAGCGGGGCUUGGUGCCUGUCUUUGUCUGUGCAACACUAGGGACCACUGGGGUCUGUGCAUUUGACUGCCUGUCAGAGCUGGGCCCCAUCUGUGCCAGUGAGGGACUGUGGCUUCACAUCGAUGCUGCUUAUGCAGGCACUGCCUUCCUGUGUCCUGAGUUCCGGGGAUUUCUGAAAGGCAUUGAGUAUGCUGACUCUUUUACCUUCAAUCCUUCCAAGUGGAUGAUGGUGCACUUUGACUGUACUGGGUUCUGGGUCAAGGACAAGUACAAGCUGCAGCAGACCUUCAGUGUGAACCCCAUCUACCUCAGGCAUGCCAACUCUGGUGCUGCCACUGACUUCAUGCACUGGCAGAUCCCUUUGAGCCGGCGGUUUCGCUCUAUUAAACUCUGGUUUGUGAUUCGGUCCUUCGGAGUGAAGAAUCUUCAAGCACAUGUCAGACACGGUACAGAAAUGGCUAAAUAUUUUGAAUCUCUAGUCAGAAAUGACCCUUUCUUUGAAAUUCCUGCCAAGAGGCACCUUGGCCUGGUGGUUUUUCGUCUGAAGGGACCUAAUUGUCUCACAGAAAGUGUGUUAAAGGAAAUAGCCAAAGCUGGCCAGCUCUUCCUCAUCCCAGCCACUAUCCAGGACAAGUUGAUCAUCCGUUUCACUGUGACAUCCCAAUUUACCACCAAGGAUGACAUCCUGAGAGACUGGAAGCUCAUUCGAGAUGCUGCUACUUUCAUCCUGAGUCAGCACUGUACUUCCCAACCAAGCCGCAUGGUCAGGAACCUCAUCCCUCAAACCAAUGGCUCCAGAGCCAUGGCCAGUGGAAUGUCCCUUCAGUUUGUCAAUGAGGCAGGAGAUGACCCAGCCCAGGCCAGGAAGAUCAUCAAACAGCCUCAGCGUGUGGGAGCCAGUCCUGUGAGAAGGGAAGACAGCUGCCGCAUAGAAACCUUGCUGGACCCACUUGAUGACUGCUUUUUAGAAGAGGCCCCAGAUGCCACCAAGCAUAAGCUGUCCUCCUUUCUGUUCAGUUACUUGUCUGUGCAGAAUAAGAAGAAGACAGUGAGGUCCCUCAGUUGUAAUAGUGUGCCCGUGAGUGCUCAGAAGCCACUGCCUGCUGAUGGCUCUGUGAAGAAUGGGGGCUCCUCUAGGGUCAGAAUCUUCUCCAGGUUUCCAGAAGAGAUGAUGCUCCUGAAGAAAAGUGCUUUCAAGAAGCUAAUCAAGUUCUACAGUGUCCCCAGCUUUCCUGAAUGCAACUCUCAAUGUGGGCUCCAGCUGCCCUGCUGCCCUCUGCAGGCCAUGGUGUAGACAGGGUCUUCAGCCAGAGUCUAAGGAUGUGUGUGUUUCAGGGAGUCUUUGAGCCCCUUCAAAUUGUGUGCAGAGUUUGUGUGCUUAUGUGUAUGUGCAUUUUUCUUGGGAGAAAGUCCAUAAUUUUGAUCAGGUUCUCAUAGGGGUUCAUAGCCCACAGUGGAAUAUAAAUGGAGAGUUUAUAUCAGCAUAAUCCAGAAGAUUCCAGAAGGUCAUUAGACAGAAAGAAUUGAGGAUUGCAUACUGACAGACGGCUUCUGUCUUUUGUGGUUCAACUUGUGAUAUGAAAUAUUAUUUAGAAAUAAAUUGUGCUUCUCCCUGAAACAAAGCAAA